AUGCCCCUGUUUGCGCCAGAUAUUGAUGAAGGAGCACAUGCAAAAUUGAAGGAUGCGCAGUGGGCACUAAAUCGGGGACUACAAGUUCCCUUGGCGACGCAAUUGGCGGCGAGCGAGAGGGCGGCCGACCAUUUCUGGAUGUUACGCUUAACGUCAUGUGGACCCUGUCAGGCUGUCACCUCGACCCCUGGGGUUGUCAGGAAUGCAUACCUUCUCUCCCCCGCGCUCUCCCCCGCGUUCUCGGCCCGACUUCCCCACAAUCGUUUGAACCACCUCAUAUUCGCCCCUGCGAACCUCACACUGAGGUUACUGAGCGGCAUGGGUUACGAGGUCUGGAAUGCGAUAAUGAGGACCUACGGUACCAUUACAACACAAGCAGCAGGCCCAGGUGGAAAGUAUGCAUGGAUGAACGCAGCAAACGCAGCAGCUGCCAACGGUAUGCCUAAACCCAAGCCUGCCCCCGCUGCUCCCAUCACCCCUUCCCCAGCGGCAGUAGCCUCCGCUAGUCCUGUAACUCCCACCACUGCGUCACCUGCGACCACUACGGCUCCAGCUGCUGGUGUUCCUAGUGCGACGGGGAGUUCGUGGGCACGGCCGUAUGUCCCGACGAAGAAAGCGGAUGCUGCGUCGACGCCUUUGGAGGAAGACACGUGGACGCUGGUGACGAUACGCGGUGCGAUGUUCGUGGUGGAGAAGGAGAGAUGGCAUGGCGGGGGCAGCUAG